AAGAGCCAUCUUUUGGAAAGGGCAAAAAGCAAAGCAGAAAUUUUGCUCUUUUAAUCCAAACGAAAGCGAAUCCUCUCUGCAUCUCCAUUAGGGUUCUUUUUAUUCUCCUUCUUCCUCCGCAGAGGCUUUCUGGGAAAAAAAAACUUUUUUUUUUGUUGUUGUUGAGGAAAAACAAAACCUUUUUGGUCAUCAUCAGACAUACGAAAGAUGGGUAGAUGUGGAAGGAGCAACGUUGACGGUAACGGUAACGGAGUGAGACAGUACGUACGGUCUCCGGCGCCUCGCCUGAGAUGGACGCCGGAGCUCCACCGUUGCUUCGUUAACGCUGUUGAUUCGCUCGGCGGCCAACACAAAGCGACUCCAAAACUUGUUCUUAGGAUGAUGGAUGUGAAGGGACUGACCAUUUCACACGUCAAGAGCCAUCUCCAGAUGUAUAGAGGAUCUAAACUCGCUUUGGGAAAACAAGUGGAGAAUUCUUCGCCGAGAAGAAGACAAGACGACAGUGGCGAGGAACACGACAACUGGUCUGUACACACGAGGAAUGAUUGUCAUUUUGGCUCACAACCCUAUCUUUCUCGACAUUCUUCUCCUAGCAGAGGAAGGGCAGACCAGAGGAUGAUGAGUGUUUCGGCCUGUGAGGAUGAAGAAGAAGUUGAUGAUGAUGAUGAUGAUGAUGCUGAGCUUCACUUGAAUUUGAAAAUGGACAAUCGAGGGACAAUGCCCCAUUCCUUCAUAUUUCAAUCUCGCUUCCUCAAGGUUCAGAACCCAGAAGAUGAGAAGAUCAACUGGGAAAAUACCUGGCGGGAACACGAAGAACGCAAGGAGGGAGAAGAAGAAGAAGGAGAAUUCUCAGAAUGUGAAUUAUCUUUAUCGCUCUCAUUGAACCAUCGUCGCCCAUCUUCACGGAGAAGCAAUGGAUCAUCCUCCAUCAGUGAAUCAAGCGAAGCAUUCUCCUCUUGCUCUGCCCCCUUCGUCUUCAAGGAUUGCUCUGCGUCUUCUUCGGCUCAGCAACAAAAUCUCAACUUAAAUCUCUCGAUCUCUCUCCUUGGUAGCUGAAAAUUUUAUCAUAGAUUAGUGCAAUAGAUUCAGAUUCCUUUGGAACCCCCGAUCGUGUUCUCUGGGAUUCUAGAUUUUUCUCA